AUGGCUCACGAAAACGUCUGGUACUCUCACCCAAGAAACUUCGGCAAGGGCUCUCGUCAAUGUCGUGUCUGCGGUUCUCACUCUGGUCUAAUCAGAAAGUACGGUUUGAACAUCUGCCGUCAAUGCUUCAGAGAAAAGGCUAACGACAUUGGCUUCUACAAGUACAGAUAA